AAUUGGCGGCAAUUUUGUGUAGCCUAGGUAUUUAUUUCGUCAAAAGUUUGUCACCAGGUAUUUUUUAGUUAAAUAAAGUUUCAGGUAUGCUAGAACAAGCUUUAGAAGAUAACAUGUCAGAAAAUAAUGAGGAGGAGAGUUUCUUCCAAGACGUUGAUAUUUUGCAAAAGCAUGGUAUAAAUGUCGCUGAUAUAAAAAAAUUAAAAGGAGCAGGAAUUUGUACAAUCAAGGGUAUUCAAAUGUCCACAAAGAAAAAACUGUGUAAUAUUAAGGGGUUUUCCGAAACAAAAAUAGAAAAAAUCAGAGAAGCAUGUUUAAAAGUUAUCACUUUAGGAUUUAUGACUGCACUUGAAGUUAGCGAUCGUCGCAAGCAUGUUUUCAAAAUUAGCACAGGAAGUACUGAAUUUGAUAAACUCCUAGCCGGUGGAGUAGAAUCAAUGGCGAUUACAGAAGUGUUCGGAGAGUUUCGUACAGGCAAGACGCAACUAUCUCACACCUUGUGUGUUACAACACAAAUACCUAAUUCGUCAGGCUUCGGCGGCGGGAAGGUCAUGUUUAUUGACACUGAACAUACAUUUCGGCCAGACAGAUUGCGACCAAUUGCUGAUAGAUUCAAUUUGGAACAGAAUGCCGUUCUUGACAACGUGCUAUACGCAAGGGCGUACACUUCUGAACAUCAGGCAGAGCUUUUGGACUAUGUAGCCGCAAAGUUUCACGAAGAAGCCGGUGUGUUCAAGCUAUUGAUCGUUGAUUCGGUGAUGGCGCUGUUCCGAGUUGACUUUUCUGGACGUGGUGAACUUGCGGAUCGCCAACAAAAGCUAGCUCAAGUCUUGUCUCGCUUACAAAAGAUUUCGGAAGAAUAUAACGUUGCAGUGUUUAUAACGAAUCAGAUGACCGCUGAUCCAGGCGCCACAUUGUCUUUCCAAGCUGAUCCAAAGAAACCUAUUGGUGGGAACAUCCUUGCGCAUGCUUCUACCACCAGGCUGUAUCUUAGAAAAGGCCGUGGGGAGAAUCGAAUCGUCAAAAUAUAUGAUUCACCAGACCUCCCUGAGAGCGAAGCUACCUUUGCCAUUACCAAUGGAGGAAUUGCUGACGCUAAAGAUUAAAUUUACUUUUUAAAUAAUUUAUCUAUAUAUUAAAAAUAAAUAAACUAGAAAU